AUGGAAGACGAGGAAAAGACCGCCUUCAUCACAGACGAAGGGACAUUUUGCUAUACCAAAAUGCCCUUCGGACUCAAAAAUGCUGGAGCCACCUAUCAGAGGUUCAUGAAUGCCUUUUUCAGAGAACAACAGGGGCAAAACUUGGAAGUAUACGUCGAUGACAUCGUUAUCAAAAGCCUGACCGAGAUGGCCAUGAUAGAUGAUAUAGCUGAAACUAUUCGAACCAUGCAAGAUGUUAAUAUGAAGCUGAACCCCGUGAAGUGCUGCUUCGGGGUAGAAGAAGGGAAAUUCCUGGGAGUAGUGGUUACUAAGGGUGGAAUCAAAGCUAACCUGGAGAAAACUCAAGCCGUGGCCGAAAUGCGAUCCCCCAGGUCCCUGAAAGACAUCCAACAGCUGAAUGGAAGGUUAAUCGCCUUAGACCGCUUCUUGUCAAAGGUAGCCGACAGGACCCUUCCCUUCAUGAAGGUGCUGAAAGAUUGCCUUCAAACAGACAGGUUUAAAUGGACCUCUGAGGCAGAAACCGCUUUUCAAGAAAUGAAGGGCUACAUUUGCAAACUCCCAACCCUAGCUACCUCAGUGCCCGGGGAAGAUCUGCUUUUGUAUUUGUCUGCUUCAAAAACAACCAUAAGUGCGGUUAUGAUGGUGGAACGGGAGGGGAAGCAAAUACCAAUAUACUUUAUCAGCAGGACCCUCAAGGGUCCUGAGGAACGCUAUAUGCCCCUGGAGAAGUUAGCUUUAGCUCUUGUUUUCGCGUCCCGGAGACUCAGAAGAUACUUCCAAGGACACAAGGUUACCUUAAUGACAGAUCAACCCCUCCAAAAAGUGCUAAGGAGGCCGGAGCUAUCGGGUCGACUGGCUAAAUGGGCAGUCGAAUUAGGAGAACAAUCUUUGGAAUUCAAAGCCAGAACUGCCAUGAAGGGACAAAUACUGGCCGACUUCUUGGCGGAGGUCCCUAAGGAUGAAGAAAAAGAACUUUUAAAGUGGGAGGCCUUGGAGAAGGAAGAGAAAGAGAAGGAAGACGAGCCAGUGUGGAAACUACUUACAGAUGGGGCCUCCAGCGAAGAAGGUAGCGGGGCGGGCAUUACGUUGAUCAGUCCUGAGGGGGUUGAGCUAACCUAUGCCAUCAGGCUGGACUUUGAGAAUACCAACAACACCGCAGAAUACGAAGCCCUUUUAGCAGGGAUGAGGCUAGCCAAAAAGAUGAAAGCAAAACAUGUGGAAGCUAGUACUGACUCGCAGUUAGUGGUCAAAGAAUACCAAGGGGAAUAUGAGGCUAAAGACAACACAAUGGCUCAGUACGUGGUAAAGGUAAAAGAAACAGCCAAGGCUUUCAAGACCUUUAAACUAGAAUACAUCCCCCGCGGGAGAAAUAGAAAAUCCGAUGCCCUCAGCAAGCUAGCCUCCGUAGCAUUUGACCACCUAGCAAGAGAAGUCAAAGUGGAAGUCCUGACCUCCCUCUCUCUCGGCACAGAGGAGGUGGCUGCGAUCGAAAACGCACAAGAGACAUGGAUGACACCGAUUGUAAAGUUCCUCAGAGACGGAACUUUACCUGAGGGAGACUGGGCAGCCAGGAAGGUAAGAGUCAAAGCCUUACAAUAUGAAUUGAUUAAUGGAGAACUUUACCGAAGGUCAUACCUGGGUCCAUCCCUGAAGUGCGUUGACAAUGAAGAGGCUAAGUAUGUAACCAGAGAAAUACAUGAGGGGAUUUGUGGAAUGCAUUCGGGGCUGAGGACAGUAGUGGCAAAAGUAAUGAAUGUGGGAUUCUAUUGGCCUCGAAUGUAUGAGACAGCAUCAGAGGAGAUCAAGAGAUGUGACAAUUGCCAGAUCCAUGCACCUAUGACACACUGCCACAAACACCCAAUGAUACCUCUUUCAACGUCUUGGCCCUUCCAGAAGUGGGCCAUCGACAUAAUUGGGCCAUUCCCAGAGGGCCCGGGAGGGGUUAAGUACGUGGUGGUUGCCAUCGAUUAUUUUACCAAGUGGAUAGAGGCGAGACCAUUGGCAAAAAUAACCGGGGAGCAGAUGAGACGAUUUGUACUAGACAACAUCAUUUGCAGAUACGGGGUCCCAAGGGAACUGGUGAGUGACAAUGGUGUCCAAUUCGCUGGAAAACCCUUCAGGCCAUGGUGCGAGCAGAUGCACAUACACCAAGUGUUUACCUCCGUCACCCAUGCCCAAAGCAAUGGACUAGUGGAAAGAGCAAAUCAAAGCGUCACCAAGGGGAUGAAAGGGAGACUCGAAAGGAAACAAAAAGGAUGGCUGGAGGAAUUGCCAUUUGUGCUAUGGGCAUAUAGGACCACCCCUAAGGACUGUAACGGGGAAAUUCCUUUCAGCUUAACCUACGGGACGGAGGCUGUCAUCCUGGCUGAAAUAGGAUCCCCAACUGCCAGAAUGAAGCUCAGGGAGGCCGAAAAUGAGCAAGACCUCCGGAUGAACCUGAAUUUGCUUGAAGAGAGAAGGGAAGUAGCAGCAGUUAGGGAGGCUAAGUAA